AUCGUUUCAUAAGAUCGAAUUUGGGACAUAGAUAUUUGAAUGCAUCAAUCUGCUUUCAUUAUAUUUGCUUUAAUUUUUUUUGUUGUGUAACGGCAAUAUGUAUAAAUACUGAAAGUUAAAGCCGAGAGUCAGAGACCAUUCAAAAGUUCCAGGUUAUUACAUCGUGGACCAUUUGAAGAUCUUGUUAAUUUAUCUACCUUGCCCUCACUAUAAAGAUGACCAGCGUUCUGAAAGCCAUUGGCUCUGUUGUGACGUCUAAAGGUCUGGACAAACCUGUGUAUGAAACCCUCAGCUCAGAUAAGGGGUAUGAAUUGAGGCGAUACAGUCCGGCAAAGUGGGUCAGUUACACAACAAAACAUAUGAAGCAGGAGAAAGCGAGAACAGAGGGGUUCUGGAAAUUGUUUAAUUACAUUCAGGGAGAGAACGAGAAAGAAAUGAAGAUUGAUAUGACAGCACCAGUUUCAACCAAAGUAGAACCAGGCGCCGGUCCCAACUGUGAGAGCACUUUUACUGUGUCUUUUUUCAUCCCACCCGAGCACCAAGAAAACCCCCCUCAGCCAAAAAACCCAAAUGUAUUCAUUGAGGAGAGACCUGAAUUUGAAGCCUACGUAAAAACGUUUGGAGGAUUUGCUAAGGAGGAUUCAUGGAUAAACGAAGCUCAGAAAUUGUCAGAAGACUUGAAAGAGAAAACGAACGAGGUUCGUCAGGAUUAUUGGUUCACGGCUGGUUAUAAUAGCCCAUUUCAACUGUUUGGUAGAACCAAUGAAAUCUGGUUUGUUAAAAAGUGAUUUCGUGACAAAGUGUGAAAAUUAGAAUAAAUGACUUGUGAAGCACAAGUGUAUCAGGGUUUAAUAAUUACCGAAGAAUGAGAACAACGAGGAAUUUAAUGAAAUUAGGUAGCAUCCAGUUUCAUGAUUAGAUUUGAAAUGUGCAUUGGAGUAGCAUUCCAUAUACAAUGUAGCAGUGCUAAGCACAUGUUUGUUUUCCUAUUAACAGUGCUUUUGAUUGAAAUCUCUGUAUUUCAUGCAACUUUUAAAGUUUUCUUUUUAGAAGAAUUCAUCUUUUUGAUAUGUAUAAGUACUUAUAUUCUGUGGAAGGUUGUUAUCUGUGAUAAAUCUUAUGUCCAUUCUGUAAAAAAAUUUUUAAAAAUAUUGUUUUUUAUUUUGCAAAAUUUGCAAGAAUGUCUGCUUGCGAAAAUUUCAUUAUACACAAAGUCUUUAUGCAUUGUAUUUACAGCAAUUAUAGCCAUGAUUCUUAUUCAUCUUGUGUAUGAAGAUCCAAAAAUUAUCAGCAAAAAUGUCACUUCAUUAAAUAUCUACAGUAUUCAUUAGAUACAGCUGUUGAAUUCUAUAAUUUCUGUACAUUUAUAUGUAAUGCAUUGAUCAACCCAGCAUUAAAUAUAAUUUAAGGAAAAAACAA